AUCACAGUGCUGAAGUGACAAAAAUCCAGGGUAGUAUUUGCCAUCAGAAGGCAGAAGCAGCAGCACAGAACACAUGCUCCAAUCCAGGGUCAGACCUCAAGAUACUCACUGGUUAUUUUACUGGGAUCAUAAGCUUUGAACAAGAAAAUUUCCUGGAAACAACAAAUGAAUUCAGAUGAGUCCCUUACUGCCCACUGUGAGUAAAACGAAGCCCAGAACACUCAAGACUUUACUGAUGAACACUCAGAAGAUAAAGAGUUAUAACAACUAAACUAAGACAUUAAAAGGAAAAUACCAGACGCUACUCCGCAGGUUGCCUUAACUGCCAAUUAAUGGAUACAUUUAAAUCCUCCUGAAUCAACAAAACAACCAGGUAGCAAAGAAGAAACACAAGCCAUGGACAACCUCACCUCUGUGGCUGGGAAUGGCAGCCUGUGCACCAGAGAUUACAAAAUCACCCAGGUCCUCUUCCCGCUCCUCUAUACCGUCCUCUUUUUUGUUGGACUCAUCAUAAACAGCCUGGCAAUGAGGAUUUUCUUUCAAAUCCGCAGUAAAUCCAACUUUAUUAUUUUUCUUAAGAACACAGUCAUUUCUGAUCUUCUCAUGAUUCUGACUUUUCCAUUCAAAAUCCUCAGUGAUACCAAGCUGGGAACAGGACCACUGAGAACCUUUGUAUGUCAAGUGACCUCUGUCAUAUUUUAUUUUACAAUGUACAUUAGUAUUUCAUUCCUGGGACUGAUAACUAUUGAUCGUUACCAGAAAACCACCAGGCCAUUUAAGACAUCCAAUCCUAACAAUCUCUUGGGGGCUAAGAUUCUCUCCGUUGUAAUCUGGGCAUUCAUGUUCUUGAUCUCUUUGCCCAACAUGAUUCUGACCAACAGGAGGCCAAGAGAAAAGAAUGUGAAGAAAUGCUCGUUCCUCAAAUCAGAGUUUGGUCUGGUCUGGCAUGAAAUAGUCAAUUACAUCUGUCAAGUCAUUUUCUGGAUUAAUUUUUUAAUUGUCAUUGUAUGUUAUACACUUAUUACAAAAGAACUGUACAGGUCAUAUGUCAGAACAAGGGGUGUAGGCAAAGUCCCUAGGAAGAAGGUAAACAUCAAAGUUUUCAUUAUCAUUGCUGUGUUUUUUAUUUGUUUUGUUCCUUUCCAUUUUGCCCGCAUUCCCUAUACCUUGAGCCAGACCCGGGAUGUCUUUGACUGCUCUGCUGAAAAUACUCUGUUCUAUGUUAAAGAGAGCACCCUUUGGUUAACUUCCUUAAAUGCAUGCCUGGAUCCAUUCAUCUACUUUUUCCUUUGCAAGUCCUUCAAAAACUCCUUAAUGAGUAUGCUGAAGUGCCCCAAUUCUGCAACAUCUCUAUCUCAAGAAAACAGGAAAAAAGAACAGGAUGGUGGUGACCCAAGUGAAGAGACUCCAAUGUAAACCAAAUGAGGUAAUAUUUCAAUCUGUAAGUGGUUGGAAUACACAAAAGGAAAACACUGUAAAAAUACUGACUAAACAGUAAGCUGAGUCAGUAACAAUGACUCUUUAAACAAGUAGUAGAAAACUACAGAAGUAAUUUUCAUUUACUUUUCCAGUAUGAAAAAGCUAUCUUAAAAUACAGAAAAGAAACCUAACAUAGAGAUAUGGGUAGCAAAACAAACUGUAUCUAAUUACCACGGUUACAAGCCAAACUACAGAGAACUCAUGAUUUGUAGAGUGUUGGCAAAAUGGGUAACCAUAUAAUAUCUACUGUAAUCUUUUAAAUACGUUACUGAGCACAAUGUUAUUAUCAAGUUAUAGUCAACUAAGGGAGAAUGAUAAAUCUGAUAAAAAAAUCUUCUGACCAAAAAUUAUACUAAGAUGUAUAUACAUCCGAGACCGUAACCAAAUGCUCAUCUACUGUGAUACUCAUUAUAAAGAUUUAAGUGGGACACACAAAGAAUAGUUACUACUACUAAUUAUUAGCAAAAAUCUUAGGAAAUUUAAACUAAUUGAAAUGGUAAUUGGACUGAUUUUUUUUAAUUUUCAUUAAGAAGAUAGAGGUUUAAAAAUACCUUUCCAAUAAAGGAGCAGAAAUAGCAAAGUUAUUAAAAUGGUUACUUUUAUGACAUUCUAAAACCAAAAAAUCCUGAGUAUUUCCUUAAUACUAGAGAAACCAGUUUUAUUAAUAUUUUGACAAUUUUACUCAGUACAGUACCACCAUUGCCACUUACCUUUAUUAACUAGCUUCUAGAAAUUAAGUACUAGUUGGGUUAAUGAAUAUUUCCUUUAAUGAGAAAAACAAAUGUGAUUAUGUGGUUGCAAAGCAUAACUAGUAACAGAAAAGUAGUUAAAAUGUUUGUAAUUACUGGUUUGUCAUUUGUGUGUAAAAAAAAAUGUAUAUUAAACUCUAAAUCACA